AUGAGGAUAACUAUCCCCAAGAGCCGUUUUGCCGUGGCAUUAGGGGCGGGACGGUAUUGGCAGGGCGUCGCUCGAAGCGAAUAUCGGCUCGCAAAGAGGUCGCCCUGGUCAGAUCCAAGCCGACCGCAUCAAGUGAGGUACGGAUUGAAUAUCGGUCAGAUGCCUAGGCACUACACCACAAGGCCCAACAGCAAAGAUCGAUCAACAAACAUAUCACAUGAAGCACCGAAAUCGGGAAACAUUCGCCUAUCACCCACAAAAGGGCUCGAACUGCCCAUCUCCAUGCCCUUCACCCGCCUUGACGAAGGCACAUGGCUUCACAACCGCCCAGAAACCGACGUAUAUAAGCUUCUCAUCGACUCUUAUCGCCUUCGUGUCGAGGAUACUCAUGUUUUCAAGGGCGAAGCGAUGGAGGACAGUAUCUAUGCAGGUUGCAAGAACGGACGGCGUGGUUUUCGGAAGUUCUUGAGAAGGGCUGCUACUAUUCCUGGUCUGCUGCCUCCAUGGUGGACCAAGGAGAAGAGCACAGCCUGCGAGAAGUUUGGAAUGGUCCCGUCGCAAUGGCAAAAUCUGCGAUACACUGCCAGGAAAAGAGAGAUCAUGGAGCACUAUGGGGAUCAUCUAUUUCCUAUGCAACUACGAAUGCUGGCUGAGGCGGUCUAUGGGAUUCAUCCCUGCGGGACUGCUGGAACAAAAGCGAGAGAGUAUAUGAUGGCAGAAGAGCGAGGAGAAGGAAAGACUACUGUAAUUGAUAUGUCUGAAGGUAUAAAGGUCGAUUCUUUUUUUGCUAUGCUCAUGGCCAUCAUGUUCAAAUAA